AUGACAUUGGAAUUUACUCUUCCCACGGCUUUGAUCCUGAUAGACAAUCAAUCAGGCUUCUCCAACCCAAAGACCAUAUCCCAUUGGGGCACCACACGGUCCAACCCAAGCUAUGAAACCAACCUGCAAGCACUUCUCUCCGCAUUCCGAUCUGCGAGAUCCUCCUCUUCAACGCCACUGGAGGUGAUCCACAUCUUUCACUCCUCCACAACGCCGGGAUCUCCAUUCCACCCUUCCAACCCGGAACAGGGUAUCCGUCCUCUUGACAUCGCAACCCCUGCCUCAGAUGGGUCGGAGCCUGUCUUUUGGAAAAGUGUCAAUUCCUCUUUUAUCGGAACUGGACUUGAAGCGCAUCUGCGUGACAAGGGGUUCCGUCAGCUUAUCAUUGCGGGGUUGACGACUGAUCAUUGUGUUUCAACUACUGUGCGCAUGGCGGCUAAUCUGGGGGUUGUGGAUCGGUAUCUCGGAGAUGGGCCUGUCCGGUUGAGGUCGGAUGGGACGCAUGAGAAUGAGGUGAAUGUUGACAAGGGGCGUAUUGUGCUUGUUGGGGAUGCGACCGCUACCUUUGGAAAGGCUGGGAUUGAUUCGGAGACUAUUCAGAAGAUCUCUCUUGUUAGUCUCGAUGGUGAAUUUGCCGAUGUAUUUGCCACUGAGGAGGUUGUUAAGGCCUUGAGCAAAGUUCAAAACUAG